GCGCUCACAAGCAGACGCGCUCACUAUAACAUUUAAUUUUUUUUUUAACUUAAGAAGACAAAUAAAAGCCUGGGGCUGCCGAAUAGGCUACUCUAAAGAAGAAGAAAGGACCAGUUUUAAGAUCGUCUUAAAACUUUUUUCGUGUUUUGAUUUUUUCAAUUUUUUUUUAAACAAGCUAACCGGAACAAAGGACUCCGCGCUUCGAAGAACACUUGGACGAACAACGUUUGUCAAGUCGGCUCAAACUUAAGUUUUGUCUUCCGUCGAAACUUUAUGUUUUUGGAUUUAACAUUUCUCCCCCGCCGUACUACUAUGGUCAUAAUGGAGGUUCCCACUAUCGACUGCGCGUCCCUCCGUGGUUUGCUGGAGGGUGAAGUCCUGGGCUGCCUAGUGCUGGACUGUCGCUCUUUUCUAUCCUUCAACUCCUCUCACAUUUCGGGCUCCACCAACGUGCGCUUCAGCACCAUAGUGCGCAGGAGGGCCAGGGGCGGUCUGGGACUUGAACACAUCGUCCCCAACGAGGAUAUCAGGAACCGGCUCCUGUCCGGGGAGUACCAGUCCGUGGUACUGCUCGACGAUCGCAGUUUGGACUUAAGCCAAGUGAAGAAGGACGGCACAAUGAUGCUUGCUACUACAGCCCUGUGUCGUCACGCCUGCGGUGCCAGUGUUUUUAUUCUGAAAGGUGGAUUUGAAACAUUUUCUACAGAGUAUCCAGAAAUGUGUACCAAACCCUCCCCUCCACAGGGACUUAGUUUGCCUCUAAGCUCCAACCAUCCUGACAGUGCUGGCACCAACAGUAGCCCUUGCAAUACACCGCUAUAUGACCAGGGCGGUCCAGUGGAGAUUUUGCCUUUCCUUUACCUUGGUAGUGCUUACCAUGCCUCUAGAAAAGACAUGCUGGACAUGCUUGGCAUCACCGCUCUAAUCAAUGUGUCUGCCAACUGCCCCAACCACUUUGAGGACUCCUUCCUCUACAAGAGCAUCCCUGUCGAGGACAACCACAAAGCUGAUAUCAGCUCCUUUUUCAAUGAGGCGAUCGAAUUUAUCGACUCUGUGAGAAACAAAGGAGGCCGAGUGUUUGUUCACUGUCAAGCCGGCAUCUCCCGCUCCGCCACCAUUUGCCUCGCCUACCUCAUGCGGACCAACCGCGUGAAGCUGGACGAGGCCUUUGAGUUUGUCAAGCAGCGCCGCAGCAUCAUCUCCCCAAACUUCAGCUUCAUGGGUCAGCUCCUGCAGUUCGAGUCCCAGGUCCUGGCCUCGUCGACGUGCUCGUCAGAGGCUGGCAGUCCAGCUAUCGGCGGCAGCAGCACAGUAUUCAACUUCCCCGUCUCCAUCCCCGUGCACACUUCUGCCGGUCAGCUCUCAUUCCUCCACAGUCCCAUCACCACUUCUCCCAGCUGCUGAAGAAGGGGUUUGACAGCAGAGACUUUGUUUGGACUUGAACGGCAACUCGAGCGUGACUUCACAAAACUGCGCUUCUGAUUAUUAUCCAUUUAUGGUGAUGCUGGUAUCGCCUUACAGAAUGGGCACUUAUUGUUUUCGGGGUCAGAUCAUUUGGCUAUGUGAUCUGCUGGUCAAAUCUCUGUAGCCUGGCUUUUCAUCAUUUCAAAGGGAUGUUUGAGAACCACCAUUUGAGUAUUGAUGUUUAAUCUGAGAAAUGUGAAAAUUAACCACACUUUUUAACCUGAAUUACUUGGGGAAACAACUGACAGGAUAGUUGUGUUUAGUCUUAUAUGGGAAAUCUUUUUUUUUUUUCUCCUCCAUGAAGGCAACUGCUUCUGAUAAUCAUAAUCAUUAAGAGAGAGGGCUGUAACAGUUGUCUCAGGAAUGUUCAUUUACCCUCUCAUAUGUUCAUUUGCUUUCUAUACUGGUCAAAGAAAGCAAUAAUAAUCUUCUCCUCAACAUGGCAUGGAAGUCUCUCCUUCCUUUGAACAAUGAAUGUAUCCCCUUCUUUCUCGGAGUAGAUGUGCCAGAAAUCUUCAUAGAUUUAGAGUUGAACAGGGGGCCAUUUCAAAUGCAAAUACUUGCCUUACGAGACAUCAUGAAGCCAUGACGAUCCUGACAUAUUGGGGAAGCUGACCGUGAAAUACCUCAUGUAUGUGUACUGUGUGCUGCAGCACGAAGAUGGACGGAGCCCCGUAAGACUACUAAAAUGGGGCCACAUAGUUCUCUUUGACUGCAUUAUGACGUAUUUAUUAACUAAAGUAAUAUAUUUCUAUCUAUUUUUGGAAAUGUUUCUUUUAAUGUUGUUUUUAUACAAAUGAAUAAAUCUCAUUUGACUUUUUUUUUUUACA